AGUGCUAUUUCACUUCCUCUCCGUCACCGAAUUAAACCAGAAGAAAAACAGAUCAGGAGAUGAUGGAUAAGAUAGAGCAUGCUCACUUCGAUGUCAAUGGCCUCAGCCUCCACGUAGCUCACACAGGGCAAGGUUGGCUGAUUGAAUCCCCUCUCAUUUCUUCAAUGCAUCUUCCAUCUUUUCAAAUCUUUCCUAAUCGCGUUGCAGGGAAAUUGGGCACUGUGCUCUUCCUCCAUGGAUUCCCUGAGAUAUGGUACUCUUGGAGACACCAAAUGCUCGCCGUCGCCGGUGCUGGGUUCCGGGCGAUCGCUCCUGAUCUCCGCGGCUACGGCCUCUCCGGCCAGCCGUCCAUACCCGAGGACAGCAGUUGGCAAGACCUCGUCGCCGAUCUCAUUGCCAUCCUCGAUCUCCUCUCCAUCUCCAAGGUGCACGUGGUCGCGAAGGACUUCGGCGCGAGGCCUGCUUACGAUCUUUCCCUGCGCCACCCAGAUCGGGUGGCGACCGUCGCCACCUUAGGCGUGCCGUUUCUUGCGACAGUCACGCCCUUCAUUUCUCUCCCGGAAGGUUUCUACAUGAACCGGUGGCGGGAGCCCGGCCGAGCGGAGGCCGACUUCGGCCGAUUCGACGUCAGACGAGUCGUUCGCACCAUUUACAUCCUCUUCUCGAGGAGCGAGAUUCCCAUAGCCGAGGAAGGUCAGGAAAUCUUGGACCUUGCGGACUCAUCCGCCCCCUUGCCGCCAUGGUUCACGGAGGCAGAUCUCGACGCCUAUGCUGCACUGUACGAGAACUCCGGAUUCAGCUUUCCUCUCCAUAUGCCAUACAGAUCACUGCACAAAUUAGAAACAGGAGGAGAGGACCCAAAAGUGGAAGUGCCUGCAAUGCUGGUGAUGGGAGAAAAAGACUACGUUCUAAAGUUUCCUGGAAUGGAGAACUACGUAAAGAGUGGAGAAGUGAAGCACUUUGUCCCGGACCUGGAGAUCGUCUACGUGCCGGAAGGAUGCCAUUUUAUUCAAGAGCAAUUCCCUGACCAAGUAAACAAGCUCAUCGUUGGUUUCCUUAAAAAUCAUCCAUCAGGCAACAACUAAAUAGCGCAUGAUUCAGUAGUUUGGAUUUUCAACAGACACUUGAAAUAAUUAAGGUAGCCAGACAUGUUUGAAUGCUAAUGAGUUGUAGCUGUUUCAAUAUUGAUUCUGUUAGAAAGUGGAGAAGAUGACUGGUGACUCUGA